AUGGGAGCGAACGUUCAAACGAUAUCCCCGUGUGACGCACACGUCAAUCUGACCGACGCAGACGAGGAGACACUUUCACAGUGGAUGUACUCCGAUACGAGAAUACAAAUCAGCAUUGCAUCUCGCUCAAUAAUCCUUGUGGUGGGCGUAGUCGGUAAUGGCGCCUUCUUAAUCGUCAUCGCUCGGGUCCGUAGCAUGCACACCCUGGUAAACUUUUACCUGGUGAACCUGGCCUUGGCGGACGGCCUAGUGCUCCUGCAGCACGCGGCCGUGCCAAUCAUCAACUACUCACUGCUGGGAAUACCCUCCGAUGGCAAUCUCCUUGGCUCCCCCGGUUGCAUGGUAACCCAGUUCUUCAACUACCUUGGUUACUUCACCUCAAUCUUCCUGGUUUGUCUCAUGUCGACUGAAAGAUACCUAGCCGUGUGCCACCCCCUGAGACACCUCUCCAUCAACACCAAGAGCCGCGCGUCCAAACUGGUCGCGUGCGCCUGGGCCCUUGGUAUCCUAUUGAGCGCCUGUGCCAUUCCGGUCAAUGCAGUCUACACCAAGUAUUGCAUCCAGUGGCCAGAGGGGGGAAGAUACGACAGUCUCCCUACGUCUGCGGGACGUUGUGCCCCGACUGUGGACUGGGCAUCUUACGCCUUUGACACCAUACACGCGGUACCUUUCUUUUCGGCCCUUGUCUGCAACGCUUUGUUUUUCAUCAAGAUCGUCCGCAACCUCCGCCGUCGCCAGGCAAUUGACCGGGGCCGGGGAUCACUCCAAGGGCGUCGUAUGGUGCACAUCACGCACCAGGUUACAAAGAUGCUAGCGGCGAACGCCGUGGUCUUCUUCAUCUGCCACGCCCCUUUCCAGUUCCUUUCGCUCUGCAUCCUGGUGUCAACACUAGCGAGCCUGCCGCUCUUUGCCGACCCGGUCGUGCAGGGUAUCGUAGUAACGACCUCCCGCAUUCUCGUCUACGUCAACUCCGCUAUCAACCCCAUAAUCUACAACGCCACCAACUCGCGUUACCGGAGAGCGUUCAUCCGCGUGUUUGCUUGCUCCUCUCCGGCGAGACGAGAGGCAGCUCAUUCCACCAUUAUGGCCCCAGGGGACGCCACUAUCGUGGCGACUGAUCGCUCCGUUGAAGACCGAUUAGAUGAUGAUAAAGGCGGGCAAACAAGCAACGGUAGUCUCUUAUUAAACGGGACUCCCUCAGAUGGCGUUUCGCAGCGCAGUCACCAUACCAAACUUUAG